ACGGCCGAUCAUCCUGAACAUAAGUUAAGACUAUUUUCGACCACAGGAACGUCGAAAAGCUUUUAUACAAGCCUCCAUCUUCAACAAUUGCCAAACUGGUAAAUCAGUCAUAAUGACCGCCGAGGAUGAGAAAGAGUUCUCCAAGCCUAUACACGAAAAUGACAACACUACCACUAAAGAACCAUCCCAACAUCUAGCAUCAGGAGAAAUGCAAGCGCAAGCACAUCAACCGACCGGCGAACAAGUCGUGCCCUCAGUACAAGGCAAACCGUGGAUGUACAAACCCCUCAAACUCGGACCAUGGACACUUCCGUGGUAUGCCUCUCCCGAAACUCAAUUACUAAUGGUCUCGUUCGUCUGCUUCCUCUGUCCAGGAAUGUACAAUGCCGUCAAUGGCCUUGGAGGAGGUGGGCAAGUCAAUUUCCGCGACGUGAAUAAUGCAAACACCGCUUUGUACAGUACCUUUUCAGUGGUGGGGUUUUUCGCGGGAUCGAUUGCGAACAAAAUCGGGUUGAAGUUAACGCUUUCCUUUGGCGGAUUCGGGUAUUUUUUAUACGUCGCUUCGUUGUUGUCGUAUAAUCAUAACCAGAAUGUUGGGUUUUUGGUGUUUGCGGGUGCGUUGUUGGGUGUUUGUGCGGGAUUGUUGUGGUGUGCUCAGGGGGCUGUUAUGAUGAGUUAUCCGCUUGAGAGUCAAAAGGGUUCGUUUAUUGCUACCUUUUGGAUUAUAUUCAAUCUAGGGGGAGUUAUAGGAAGCUUGGUCCCCCUCGGCCAAAAUAUACACUCAACAGCCGGUGAAGUUAAUGACGGAACGUACAUCGCAUUCAUGAUCCUCAUGGCAAUCGGCUUCAUCCUUGCUUGGGGCCUAUCAGACUCGAAAUAUAUCAAACGCAAAGACGGGUCAAGAGUCAUCGUCAUCAAGCAACCCACAUGGAAGACCGAGAUAAUGGGUCUAUUCGAAACCCUCCGCUACGACUACUAUAUCAUCUUGCUUUUCCCCAUGUUCAUGGCCAGUAAUUGGUUUACAGCAUAUCAAUUCAACGCGAUGAACGGCUCUUACUUCAAUAUCCGUACUCGAUCACUGAACAGUCUGCUGUACUGGCUCAGCCAAAUGAUUGGCGCUUUCGUGUUUGGGAAAUUACUUGACCUCAAGUUUUUGUCGCGGACUAUGCGAGCAAAGCUGAACCUAGGCCUUUUGUUUGCGCUCACAAUGGGUAUUUGGGGAGGAGGUUAUGCCUUCCAGAGGCAGUAUGACCGUCAGACAGUCAAGCCUGAUAUGGACUGGAGUUCGCCGGGUUAUGUUGGACCCAUGUUUUUGUACAUGUUCUAUGGGUUUUAUGAUGCUUCUUUCCAGACAUGCACGUAUUGGUUCAUGGGCUCCCUGAGCAAUAACAGUCGGAAACUCGCCAACUUUGCUGGAUUCUACAAAGGUAUCCAAUCUGUCGGCCAGGCCAUUACUUGGCGUAUGGAUGCACUGGAGACAUCUUUCAUGCGCGAAUUCGCAGCUUGCUGGGGCAUCCUCGCCGGAUCCCUCGUGAUUGCAUCACCUGUAGUCUUUUUCAGGAUCAAGGAUCAUACAGACGUUGAAGAAGAUCUGAAAUUCUCGGACGAGACUCUGAACGAGGUUGCUCCUACUGCUGUCGUGGAACAGAAGUAAUUUCUUACUGGUUGUCGUUGAUAGUCAUGCUUUCCUCGAGGCCUCUUCUUUUGUAUCGCUACGUUACCAUGCUCGAUCGCUUAUGGUGAACUACCAUCCUUAUGCCAUGCAUUCUCGUUUCUUAACUUUGGCAUUGCUUCGCAUUCUACCACUCGUUAACACUGUAUUGUAUGGGAGGGAUUUCUGGUCUUUAUGUAAUUAUAUUCUCAUAAUGUACCUAGAACAGAGCUUGACUUUCCAGGGACAUGUAGGAUACCAGAACCAAAUACUGAACAUACACCCAUCCUCGC